GGAACCUGCUAGGGAAGAGGGAGAUAAUAUUGAUGGAUACAAUAGCAUUUAUGAGGACAGUGAUGAAGACAUUCACACCCCACCUGAGAGUGGAGAUGAAGAUUUAGGUGGGAGAAGAAGAAGGUCAGGUAUACUAGUGAGUGAGAACACUGACUUUAGUGUGUUUAAAUGGAAAGUUGGACAAAGAUUUGCCAACAGGGACUCAUUCAAACAAGCAGUUGCUAAAUAUGGGAUUUUACAGGGAAGAAAUGUCAGCAUUGUAAUCAGUGACAAGUCUAGACAACAGAGAUUAGGUGUUAAGUGUACUGAAGGGUGUUCCUUUUAUUUGUAUGCUUCAUGGGACUCUAGGAGAGCUACCCUAGUGGUGAAAAGAGCUGAUACUGACCAUAGUUGUCAUAGAAAUAUGAAGAAAAAUAGGCAACUUAAGUCAACUUGGGUGGCAAGACAAUUUCUUGAGGUCUUCAAAGCUAGACCUCACUGGCCUGCCAAAGAAAUCAUAGAAACUGUUAGAAGGGCAUUCAAGGUUGUUGUGAAAAAAGACUUUGCCUACAAAACUAAGUAUGCAGCUCAUAAGCUUCUCCAUGGGUCAAUGCAUGAACAUUAUCAGAAAGUUGGUGGGUAUUUGGAGGCUUUGAAGGCUAGUAGUCUGGUACUACACUGGACUUAGUCACAGACCCAGCCCAUAAAAAGUUCCCUCCUAUAUUUCAGAGGUUGUUUACUUGCUUUGAAGGCUUGCAGAAGGGUUGGAGAGUAGGGUGUAGGAGGGUGAUAUGUGUGGAUGGAUGUUUUUUGAAGACCUUCUUAGGGGGGCAGUUGCUAUGUGCAGUUGGUAGGGACGGGAAUGAUCAAAUGUAUCCUAUUGCAUGGGCAAUAGUGGAGAGUGAGAACAAUCUGUCCUGGGAAUGGUUUUUGUUGCACUUACAGAAAUGCUUGGAGCUUGGGGAUGGCAAUGGGGUUGCAAUUAUAAGUGAUGAGCAUCAGGUAACAUUUUUCACUCUCACUAUCUUCAUUAUUACACUAACUGCUCUUAUUUUAUACUACACUAACUGCAAUAUUAUAAUAAACCUAGGCUAUAUUGGCUGCUGUUGCAUUGGUUCUACCUAAGGCUGAGCACAGACACUGUGCAAGGCAUAUCUUUGCUUUGUGGCAUAAAGUGUACAAAGGAGAUGAGCUUAAGCUUCUUUUUUGGAAGAUUGCAAAAGCCUAUAACAUGGCUGAUUUCACUGAUGCAUUUGCUGAAUUAGAGAAGCUAAAUCCUGCUGCUGCCACAGCCUUUAAAGGGUAUAAUCCUAAGGUCUUCUGUAGAGCAUACUUAGAUCCUUCCAUUAGAACUGAUGCAAUAACUAGCAAUAUGGCUGAAACAUUCAAUGGCUAUAUAAUAAAUGCUAGAACUAAGCACCUUAUUUACAUGUUGGAAGAUAUAAGGGCUGCUCUUAUGCAAAGAUUAGUUUCAAAAAGGCAGGAAAUGCAAAAAACUACAUCUAAACUUUGCCCUAGGAUACAAUUGAAACUAGAAGGAGAGAAGACUAAGGCUGCAAAUUGUGAUGUCAUUCCCUCAACUGAGACACUAUUUAAUGUCAAUUAUUACCAGGAUCAGUUGGUAGUUGAUUUAGAGGCAAUGACUUGUACAUGUAGAAAGUGGGAAAUGUUAGGCAUUCCUUGCUGCCAUGCUAUUGCCUGUAUCUACUUCCUUCAUAGAGAAGCUGAGGACUAUGUGGAUCAGUGGUAUACAAGAGAUGUAUACCUUCAAGCUUAUGCAGGGUCAAUUCCACCAUGUGAGGGGGAAAGGCAUUGGCCUAGACCUGAAUUUCACUUGGACCCUCCUCCCAUCAAAAUUGGUCCUGGAAGACCAAGGAAGAACAGGAUAAAGGACCCCUUUGAGUUGCCUAAAAAGGCUGGAACUUUGUCCAGGACUGGAAUGGAGAUGACAUGCUCACUGUGUAAAGUCAAAGGGCACAACAAAAGGAGAUGUCCCAACAGGGACAGUGCUGCUAGUGUUGUCAGUGAGCCACCUCCUAAGAGACCAAGGGGUAGACCAAGGAAUGAUGGACAACCCCCUCACUCUAAGUCCACUCAAACCACUCAAACCACUCAAACUUUGACAGCAGCACCCUCUCACUCUGAACAAAGCACUCAAGCUACUGUCCCUGUACAUCAUCAUGCUACAGCCCAACCAACUCAACUUGGGAGAGGGGGAAGGAUGAUAAGGGGUGGCAGAGGUUCUAGGGGUGGGGGAACAAAGAAGGGUGGUAGAGGAAGGGGUACAAAGCAGGUUUGGCCUUGGUUUUUUUUACUACUCAACCUACUGUCCCUGUACAUCAUCAUGCUCACAUAAUCACUUUUGUUAUUUUUUCUCCCUUUUUUCAGGUGCCAGUUGGGGUAGGGAAUUACAUUCCAUGUGAUAGGGCUGCUGCCACACAAUCAAGCCAAGUCUAAUGCUUAGUGGAUGCUUAAUGGAUCUUAGCUUACUUGAUGUUUCAUUGAACUUCUAGAUCUUAGGAAGAACUUGUAUUAGUUGUAAUGUACUUUGUUGGUUUUUGGAUCUUCAAAUUAGCUUACACAAUGAAC